CUUUCUUCCUUUACAUCUCCUCCUUUAGAUUUGUUCUCCAUUAAUGCUUCUUUUUCGAUCGGUACGUCCUGCUGCUUCUUCGACGGUAAGCGAUAGGAAACUACGAAUGUACUUCUUUCUUCUUCUUUUUUUGGGUGUAAUUUUCGAUUUAUUAGAGCAAUCGAAUAGAUAACUUUCGAAAUCCACUCCUUUAGUUAGGAAAUUACUGCUCAUCUUCGUGUUAAUUUGAAGAUCAAAGCUAAUAAUUAGGCUAAUGGAAGACUUUCGUUAUCGGCGAUUGUCUGUCUGUUUCCAGCAGCGGCGCUCUCGCAAUUAGCGUCUGUGAUAUGGCGAGGCUUAGCUGUCAUGUCAUUUCAAGCCUUGUUCACGCCUGCAUUCCUCUCCCGAGUACAGGGGAACGGGAGACAAGGAAGGACAAUAAUGUAAAUUAAUAAAACGAGGUCACCCCAGAUACUCACAAUCCACCCUAAAAAAUAUAUAUAUAUAUAUAAUAAUUAAAUGUCGAAAAUGCAUUUACACCCAACUUUAAGUGAAGGUCAUGGCCUUUAGGGGACAAGCAAUCAGUGAGUCGAUGUCGCACCGAUCCGUCGAUGGAAAGCCAGCGCCUCAAUUCUCACGCGGUUUCACAGCACGAUAAACAAAUUGUCACCGCCAACUAUGGCGGCCGAUCGAGUGCACCCCAGAUACUCCCCACCCUCCUCUGGCGAAUCCUCAGCGACGUUCUCUGACAGCCAGUCCCUCGGCUCAUCCAGGCCCUCCCAACCGCCCCCGGCAAAGCCUGUCCCCCCACCGCUCGGAGCGUACGUCGUUCAGAUCCCCAAAGACCAAAUCUACCGCUACCCGCCGCCGGAAAACGCCCGCCGCUACCGCAAGAAACCCCGCCGCGGUUCCUGCUGCCGUUGCUUGUGCUGCAUUCUCGCCGUGCUCGUGGUCCUCGCCGCCGUCGCCGGCGUCCUCUACCUCGUCUUCCGUCCAAAAUCCCCCAGCUACUCUGUCGAGGACGUCUCGAUCCGAGGCUUCAACCUGACGUCUCCUUCAUCGCUCUCGCCGGAAUUUGACGUCACUGUGAGAGCCCAAAACCCUAACGACAAGAUCGGCAUCUACUACGAGAAGGGAAGCUCAGUCACCGUCUAUUACUCCGACGUCGAGCUCUCUAACGGAGCUUUGCCGGUGUUUUACCAGCCGUCGAAUAACUUCACGGUGUUUCAGACGGUGUUAAGGGGCUCCAACGUUCUCAUGGGGACGGGCGAUCUGUCGGCGUUAGUGGCGGAUCAGAAGCAACGGAAGGUGCCAUUUAGGCUUAACCUGGAAGCGCCGGUAAAGAUCAAGGUCGGCGCCGUUAAGACAUGGAAGAUUACCGUUAAGGUUAAGUGCGGGGUGACGGUGGAUAACUUGACGGCGUCGUCGAAGAUUGUCUCCAAAGAGUGCGAUUACAGUGUGAAGAUAUGGUAGAAGAAGAUAUAGAUCGAUUUAAUUAGCUACAUACAUAAUCGAACUGUUUAUUACAUUUUCCUUUUUUAAAUAUUUUAUAUUCAUAUUUGGUUCACUUCUAGUUCUGGUUGUUAUAUAUCAUUUCAUUUGGGAGCUAAUUAAUUAUUCGUUUUUAUCUUA